AUGUCCCUGGACCGAUUUAUAAGAUUGGCUGAUAGCUUGGUUGAGUUCGAGGCUGCACUGAACAGCAACGAACUGCCAGUGGAAUCCGUUUGCCUCUUGGACACGCAUAAACAUGAGAUCAGGUCUACAUGGGACAACUUGAAACAUGCGUACGAUCAAUGCUUAGCUGAUCUUGCUAAUGAGGAGGAAUUGGACGAUAAGGGGGAGGAUGAGGUAAGCGAUAUUGAAACGGUAAAGGAGAAGUAUAAAACAUCUUACUCUACCUAUUGUCGCUGUGUGUCUAGGCUCACCCAAUGUAUCCGGGAUAUUACCCCCCCUCCGAUGGCAUCAAGUCCUAAUUCCAGUUCCGGUGUUAACCUUCCCCCUCUUGAAUUGCCGACAUUCAGUGGGGAAUACAAGGCAUGGCCCACAUUCCGGGACAUGUUCACCGCUCUUUGCGUUAGGAAUUCGAAAUUAUGUCCAAUUGAGAAACUGUCGCACUUGAGACAGAAGACUAAGGGCGAGGCUCACGAAAUCGUGUCAAAGAGCCCCCUAACCAAUGAUGGUUUCUCUUCGGCAUGGAAGAAUUUGUGCGCUCGCUUCGAGAACAGGCGUAUUUUGAUAAAUGGACAAUUGAAAUCUCUAUUCAACCUUCAGACUAUCCAUUCCGAGACUGCAAAUUCUUUGAAGAAUUUGCAGCGAGAGAUAAAUUCAUGCAUAUCCACUCUCAAGCUUUAUAAGGUUGAUAUCGAUAGUUGGAACCCUAUAUUUGUCUUCCUAUGUUCCAAUUGUUUACCGGAGUCUACCUUGACACUCUGGGAGCAGACCCUUGGUGACAAGACGACCAUCCCGCUAUGGUGCGAUCUGGAUACCUUCCUCACCAAUAGAUACCGCACUUUGGAAUCCGUUGCCGAAGUAAAGAAUGGAGGUGAUCAGAAGCACCAUCAGUCCAAGCAGAGAAACUUUGCGAAUCCCAAACCGGCCUCGGGGAAAGUGAAUACAUUUCAGGCUAACGUUAGUAAGACUCCAUGUCGACUCUGCCCCAAGGAGUUUCAUGUCAUCAGGAAAUGCCCUCGAUUUAUAAGUAUGGAUCAUGGUCAUAGACUGGCCGAGAUCAAAGCAAGCAACUUGUGCUUGAACUGCUUUUCGGGCGCUCACGCUGUGAGAACUUGCAAAAGCAAACACUCCUGCUUUAUAUGCGGAAAACGCCACAAUACUAUGCUCCAUAAGGAUUCCAAUCCUGGGGGUCAGUCAUUGGAUAACGUGCCUUCUUCUCCUUCCUCUCCUUCUUUCUCUGGAGUUGGUCAAUCAUCCCCUCAGUCUUCUCCAGUACAGUCCACUGAUUCGGCUCAUGGUGUUAUACAAAGUUGUUUUGCCUCCAGGUCGAAGGGUAUAUUGCUAGGUACCGCCAUUGUGAGACUUAUGCACUUCGGGGUGCCCUACCGAGCCAGAGCCCUUAUUGAUUCCGGGUCCGAGGGGUCCUUUAUUUCUGACCGGCUGUACAAUACGCUUAGACUACCUUUCCGGCGUACUUCCGCAACGAUUUCUGGCUUGAACAACACCAUAUCUGCUGAUGUACGAAAAGAAUGCGAUCUUUUCCUACAGUCGAACUUGGACCCAGCGUUUGGGUUGAAUAUUUCUGUUUUGGUUGUUCCGCACCUGUCCAAUGAACUACCCGCUAGGACCAUAGAUUAUGAAUCCAUUCCAGAUUUGCCAGGUCUUGAACUUGCCGAUCCCGAUUUUUUCCAAAGCUCCAGAAUCGACAUGUUGUUGGGGGCAGAUGUAUUUCCCUCAAUAAUGUUAUCGGGUUGUAGACUCUGCGGAUCCCUGAUGGCUCAGGAGACCGUGUUUGGCUGGAUCCUUACCGGCCCUACUCCGAAUAAUUCUUCCCCACCCCGCUCUACUCUUGUAUCUUAUUUUUGUGAAAUCUCUUUAGACAAGGAGAUUUCAAGGUUUUGGGAGGUGGAGAAUGUCCCUCGGAAACGUUACUCGUCUGUGUCGGACACGUUCUGUGAGCAAUUAUACAGGAGUACGACGAGAAGGAAUAGUGAAGGGAGGUACAUAGUUUCCCUUCCGUUCAAGGAGGAAUAUCCGAAAAGCUUGAGUUUGGGUCAAUCCAGGACAAGCUCGAUGGCACAGUAUUUUCGGACUGAAAGCCGGCUGUUAAAAAAUCCUCUAUUCAAGAGGGAAUAUGAUCAGACUCUUCAGGAGUAUCUUACUUUGGGACAUAUGAUUCCAAUAGAGUCCCCAAAUACACUUGCUUCCUCCAGCCAAUAUUAUCUACCCCAUCAUGCGGUAAUCAAGCCCGAGAGCACAACUACAAGGGUCCGUGUAGUCUUUAAUGCGUCGGCUUCUUCCUCAAACGGGCGUAGUUUAAACGAUAUGCUUCAUAUCGGCCCUACAUUGCAGAAUGAUUUGACGAUUUUGGUCCUGAAGUGGAGAUUCUAUCGAUAUGUAUUUAAUGGAGAUAUACAAAAAAUGUAUAGGCAGAUCCUUGUGGAUCCAUCCCAUACUCCUUACCAGCGCAUAUUAUAUCGCAAAUCCCCUGACGAACCAAUCCAAGAUUUCGAACUCCAAACUGUCACAUUUGGAGUAAAUUGUGCACCCUAUUUGGCGAUUCGCACUAUGAUUCAACUGGCAGAGGAUGUCCAGGAUAUCUACCCUUUGGCAAGUGCUAUCUUGCGAUCUUGUAUGUAUGUAGAUGACGCUAUAGUUGGGUCUCAUACGAUUCAAAUGGCUGUAGAGGCAAGAGACCAAUUGAUUAAAGCGUUGGCAUCCGCGGGAUUUUGUAUGAGAAAGUGGACGUCGAAUUCCAAACAAAUCCUAGCGGGUCUUCCGGCGGAUCACCGUUUAUACACCGAUUUUUUGGAUUUCGAUGAUCACAGUUCCGCCAAGACCUUAGGAAUCCGAUGGAAUGCACUUGCUGAUGCAUUCUAUUUUUCUAUAGUCCAAUUCCCCAACAAUUGCCAAUUUACCAAACGUGAAGUUCUUUCACAUAUAUCGAGACUUUUUGACCCAGCCGGGUGGCUGGCGCCGAUUGUAAUAGUGGCAAAAGUAAUUAUGCAAAGGAUUUGGAUGGACCGCACCGAGUGGGACAAUGAAAUUACGCCAGAAUCCAGAGAACUUUGGCAAUCGUUUCAGCACCAUUAUCCUCAUAUUAAUAAUAUCCAAAUUCCGAGAUGGAUACAUUUUACUCCAGAUAGCGAAGUCCAAAUCCACGGAUUUUGCGACGCCUCACAAAAGGCUUAUGCAGCGGCAAUAUAUAUCCGGAUUGUUCGUCAUGGUUCCAUACAUUCACAUUUAAUAACUUCCAAGACAAAAGUUGCACCGCUUAAAACAUUGUCUAUACCCAGGUUGGAAUUAUGUGGGGCUACACUUUUGUCUGAAUUAAUUGAUACAGUACUUCCAAAUUUUGACAUUGCUGAUUAUUCGCUAUUUUGUUGGACCGAUUCCACCAUCGUAUUAUCAUGGUUGUCCAAGGCACCUUGCUACUGGAAUACAUUUGUGGCAAACAGAGUAUCUAAAAUUAUACAAGUGGUUGAUCCAACGCACUGGUUCCACAUUGAUUCUGAGCACAAUCCUGCAGAUAUUGCAAGUAGGGGUGUCCAUCCCCAAGAUUUGGUAGACAACCAUCUCUGGUGGAAUGGUCCACAAUGGCUUACGGAACCAACGAGUAAUUGGCCGAAAUCCAAGCUAGAUCCUGUGGAAAAGACCACUAUGGAGAAAAAGUCCCUUAAAGUCCAUUUCGCGUACUUCACGGAUUUCACAGAUAUACUUGAUCGAUUCUCUUCAUUUUCAAAGGCGUUGCGAGUCGUUGCCUAUAUAUACCGCUUUUUCCAUCGCACUCAUCCGAAGCACCGCAAUGAUUAUACCCAAGAUUCCAUAAAUAUUACCACAGAAGAGAUUUUAUUCGUACGCAAACAACUGAUAUCCAUUUCUCAGAAGGCCGUUUAUCCCAAUGAAUAUCUAGCACUUAGUGCAAAGAAAUCCAUAUCCUCAUCCAGUCCAUUGCUCAGUUUAAACCCAUUUAUAGAUCAUGAAGGCGUAAUGAGAAUAUGUGGUAGAUUGGAAUCAUCGCUUUCAUUGACUUAUAAUGAAAAACAUCCUGCCAUCGUUCCGUAUGGCUGUCAAUACGCUAGGCUAUUGAUAAAAUUUAUCCACGAGAUUACUCUGCAUGGAGGAAACCAACUUAUUUUACGACUGGUUCGAACCCAUUACUGGAUCCCAAAGGUACAAAAUCUCAUAAAAACUACGAUUUACCACUGCAAGCCUUGUGUGCUGUAUAAGAAGCGAUGUCAAACGCAGUUGAUGGCGGCCUUACCCCCAGAAAGGGUAGAAUUUUCUCGUCCCUUUACUCACACGGGAUUGGAUUUUGCUGGACCAUUCGACGUCAAAAGCUAUGCAGGCCGCUGUUGCCGCAUCACCAAGGGAUACGUCUGUGUCUUCGUCUGUUUUUCGACAAAGGCGAUACACCUCGAAGCUACCUCAGACUUGUCCACCCCUGCAUUCCUCGCAGCAUUCAGUAGGUUUGUUUCCCGCCGUGGUUGUCCUUUACACCUACAUUCGGACAAUGGAACUACUUUUGUUGGGGCGUCCCGAAUCCUAGCCAAAGAAUUUAUCCAAACAUCUCAUCAAGCUAUCACCUCUAGCUAUUCCUAUCAAAAUCUUAUAUGGCAUUUUAUUCCGCCUGGAGCCCCACACAUGGGCGGGUUAUGGGAAGCUGGUGUCAAAAGCUUCAAGCAGCACUUCAAAAAGUCAGCAGGUUGUUCCAAGUACACGUUUGAAGAACUUCAAACUUUGUUGUCUAGGAUAGAGGCAUGUCUUAAUUCCAGACCGCUGUCUCCCACGUCCGCAAGUCCAUCUGACCUAACAGCCCUAACUCCAGGCCACUUUUUGAUAGGUACCCCCAUAUUAGUACCAUUAGACCCAGAGUAUUCGCAAGCUCCUAUUUCAAUCCAAAAUCGGUGGGAACGUCUAAAGGCGAUUCAUCAACAUUUUUGUUCUAGAUGGAAAGAUGAGUACUUAAAGGAGUUGCAGAAGCGCUACAAGUGGCAGAAAUCUAGCGACAACUUGAAAGUAGAUGCUCUGGUUGUGAUUAGAGAUGAAAAUCUACCUCCUAACUGUUGGCGACUAGGAAGAAUUACCAAAGUUUAUCAUGGUAGCGAUAAUCGGGUCAGAGUCGCUGACAUACUCACUCAGAAAGGCCUAAUAACCCGAGCAAUAACCAAACUAGUAGUACUCUUUGGCGAAAACUCCUAG